UUAGUAGUAGUAGUGUACAGCAGCGGCUCUGAUCCUCUCAUCAUCUCCUCCCCUCCCCUCCCCUCCCCUCAAACGCUAACACUUUCCUGCAACAAACAAUCAAGCGAGAUCCAAGAUCAAUCAAAUCAAAUGGAGAGUGCCAUUGCUUGCUUUGCCCAUGGAGUAAGAGGAGGAGGCGCAAUCUUGACCAAUGUUACUGCUGCUACUACUACGCACCAAUAUUAUUAUUCCACUGCUCUCUCUCCGCUUCAUCCAUCUCUCUCUCUCUCCUCAAAGAGUUUAAAGGCGAGCUCACUAUUCGGAGACUCUCUCCGCGCCGUCCCAAGAUCAUCGUCGCUCAAGGUUUCCAAGCUCAAGAAUUCUUCUUCUUCUGCAGGCGUCACUAAGUGUGAGAUCGGCGACAGUCUGGAAGAAUUUCUCACCAAGUCGACAUCGGAUAAGGGAUUGAUUAGGCUGAUGACGUGCAUGGGAGAAGCCCUCAGGACAAUCGCCUUCAAAGUGAGGACAGCUUCUUGCGGAGGAACUGCGUGUGUCAACUCUUUCGGUGACGAGCAACUCGCCGUUGAUUUGCUCGCCAACAAGCUUCUGUUCGAGGCACUGCAAUACUCUCACUUCUGCAAGUAUGCUUGCUCGGAGGAAAUCCCCGAGCUUCAAGACAUGGGAGGGCCGGUCGAAGGAGGCUUCAGCGUUGCAUUCGAUCCGCUGGAUGGUUCCAGCAUUGUUGACACAAACUUCACUGUCGGUACAAUCUUUGGAGUAUGGCCUGGCGACAAGCUCACAGGUGUAACCGGGGGCGACCAGGUUGCUGCUGCCAUGGGGAUUUUUGGGCCUCGAACUACGUAUGUUCUUGCACUCAAAGAUCUUCCAGGGACACACGAAUUCCUCCUGCUUGAUGAAGGGAAAUGGCAACAUGUCAAAGAUACAACAUCGAUUGGAGAAGGAAAAAUGUUCUCCCCCGGUAACUUGAGGGCAACUUCAGACAACCCGGAGUACGCCAAGCUGAUUGACUACUAUGUCCGGGAGAAAUACACCCUGCGAUACACAGGAGGAAUGGUGCCCGAUGUCAAUCAGAUCAUCGUGAAAGAGAAGGGCAUUUUCACAAAUGUGGCGUCGCCAUCAGCAAAAGCCAAGCUGAGGCUGCUGUUUGAAGUUGCUCCUCUAGGGUUCCUGAUUGAGAAGGCGGGCGGCCACAGCAGCGAUGGCAAGAAAUCUGUGCUGGAAAUAGUCGUCGAUGGUCUCGACGACAGAACCCAAGUAGCUUAUGGGUCCAAGAAUGAGAUCAUUCGGUUUGAAGAAACACUGUACGGUUCAUCCAGGCUCCGGGUAGGCGAACCCGUUGGAGCUGCAGCUUGAGCAGGCCGCUGCACACCAAACAAAUUCAAGGAUUUUCACUCUUUUUUGUCAUUCACACUUCAUCUCUCUUAAUAUAUAUAUAUAUAUAUAUAUAGCACACAGACUUGUAUGAUGAUCCCAUAAAGUGAUCCAAGUAAUUGUGAUUGUCAGAUCAGCUGCACUGCUGAUCAAAGCCAGGCUUUUUCAUUGUUUGAUGCAUCCAACACUAUGUAAUAUUUUCCAGCCAACUCCAAUUUUAGUUGAUUCCUAGGUUCUGUAA